AGGACAACCAUGAAAAAUGCAACAGACGCAUCCAGGAAUGGGCAACGGUCACAUUCUUGGAGCGAUGGAUGUUAGAAGGACACUAACCCGUGCGCAGCCGAACAGGGCGCGAACGUGGUGGAACACAAGAUUCCGGAAGGCCGUCCCGCCCGCCGGACAAUGCAUCGGUGCAUCAGCGCUGACUCGCUGCUCAUCGUCCGCCGUCUAGAUGCCUCGCGGCGCCAAACCGGCACUGCCAUGCGAUAGUAUACCUUGAGUUUUCGGGGUACCUGAUGUGUGUGUUUGUAUUUUAACCUCUCCCUCUCCUCUGUAUUGAAAGGCUCUUUGAUCGCCCAUCGCCCUCUCAGGAGUGCACUUUCCUUGGCGAUAAUAUUGUACAUUCCUCCUCACUUCUAAUCGCGAUGAAGCUGCCUGCCCUCGCCGUUUUCUUUUUCUUGUUCGCUGGGGUCUUUGGCGCCGCUGCUCUCCCACGCUGGUCACCCAGUUUUCCGCGUGAUGAGGCCGUUAAGCCUCGCUGGUCUCCUCUCCCUCGCGACGCGACGCCUCUUAAGAAUCGUGGACUCUGGCCGUCCCAUCGCUCAUUGGAACGAGCUCUCGAUCUCAGCAAGCGCGAUCUGAUCCUGGCUGAUAGCCGUUGCCCCAUGCAGCACACCGCUUGUGGGGUGGUUAGCGCUUGGACUAGGCAGGGUUGGGAGUGCAUUGACACCCAGAUGGAUCUCGAGAGCUGUGGAGGAUGCGUGACGCCUCUCAUGGGAGAGAUCGCAACUGGCAUCGACUGCACCAGCCUAGAAGGGGUCGAAGACGUUGCCUGUGUCAGCGGGUUCUGCACAGUGUAUUCUUGCCGCGAUGGCUUCACUGUGGCCGCGGACGGCCAGACUUGUGUGGUCACUGCCAAAAAGCCGGGUCUGCACCAGGCCGCGUCGAUCCGCUUCUGAUGGGUGUGCAUUGCAUUAGGUGAGGAGGAAGCUUCAGGAAUUUGGCAGAGGGAGAAAUUGGGGAGGACUGGACGGACGGACGGACCCUCACGAACUUCUUAAUUUGUAGACUCGAUUCGACCUUCUUAUUAUUGUACCCUGUGAACCCG